UGCAAUACUGCAGGCAAUUAUGGAGAGAGCGGGGCAGAACGGCUGGCAGGUGAGCGCUAUCUGUGUGGAGAGUUUCAAUGAGGCAGCAUACCGCCGACUCUUAGAGGACCUGGACCGACGUCAAGAGAGGAAAUAUGUCAUUGACCUGGAGCCUGAGAGACUACAGAGCAUCCUAGAACAGGCUGUCAGUGUGGGGAAACAUGUAAAAGGUUACCAUUACAUCAUAGCAAACCUGGGUUUUAAGGACAUAUCUCUGGAGAGGUUCAUGCAUGGCGGGGCCAAUGUGACUGGUUUCCAGCUGGUGGACUUCAGCAGGCCCAUCGUCAUUAAACUGAUGCAGCGCUGGAACAAACUGGAUCAGAGAGAGUAUCCUGGAUCUGAAAGUCCACCUAAGUAUACCUCAUCUCUAACGUAUGAUGGCGUCCUUGUUAUGGCCGAGGCCUUCCGCACCCUUCGCCGCCAGAAAAUUGAUAUCAGUCGCCGUGGCAACGCUGGCGACUGCCUGGCGAAUCCUGCUGCUCCCUGGAACCAAGGAAUAGAUAUGGAGCGUGCCCUCAAACAGGUGCGCAUUCAGGGCCUGACUGGGAAUAUUCAAUUUGAUCACUACGGUCGGAGGGUCAACUAUACCAUGGACGUCUUUGAACUGAAGAGCAAUGGACCACGCAAGAUUGGCUACUGGAACGACAUAGACAAGCUUGUGUUGGUCCAGAAUGAAAAUGCUCUGUCCAAUGACAGUUCAGCGAUGGAAAACCGGACAGUAGUCGUGACAACCAUCAUGGAGGGUCCCUAUGUGAUGCUGAAGAAGAACUGGGAACUUUAUGAAGGCAACGACCAGUUUGAGGGAUACUGUGUGGACUUAGCCUCAGAGAUCGCCAAACACAUUGGAAUCAAAUACAAGAUCUCUAUCGUACCGGAUGGGAAAUAUGGAGCAAGAGAUCCAGAGACGAAGAUAUGGAAUGGCAUGGUUGGAGAGCUUGUGUAUGGGAAAGCAGAAAUUGCCGUGGCCCCACUGACCAUCACUCUGGUGAGAGAAGAGGUGAUCGACUUCUCAAAGCCCUUCAUGUCUCUGGGAAUCUCCAUCAUGAUCAAGAAGCCCCAGAAGUCGAAACCGGGUGUUUUCUCUUUUCUGGACCCAUUGGCCUAUGAGAUCUGGAUGUGCAUAGUGUUCGCUUACAUUGGAGUCAGUGUUGUGCUGUUUUUGGUGAGUCGCUUCAGCCCAUACGAGUGGCAUGCAGAGGAACCAGAGGAGGGAACAACAGAGCUGGGUCCCACUGACCAACCUCCCAAUGAGUUUGGCAUCUUUAACUCCCUCUGGUUCUCACUGGGAGCUUUCAUGCAACAGGGCUGCGACAUCUCACCACGGUCUCUGUCUGGACGUAUUGUUGGAGGUGUGUGGUGGUUCUUCACCCUUAUUAUCAUCUCCUCUUACACAGCCAACCUGGCUGCUUUCCUCACUGUGGAGAGGAUGGUGUCACCCAUAGAGAGUGCAGAGGACUUGGCCAAACAGACAGAGAUAGCCUAUGGGACACUGGACUCAGGCUCUACUAAGGAGUUCUUCAGGAGGUCCAAAAUAGCCGUAUACGAGAAGAUGUGGUCGUACAUGAAGUCUGCCGAACCGACUGUCUUCACCAAAACCACAGCAGAGGGUGUUGCGAGGGUCCGCAAGUCCAAGGGGAAGUACGCCUUCCUCCUGGAGUCCACCAUGAACGAAUACACUGAGCAGCGCAAGCCUUGUGACACCAUGAAAGUCGGGGGGAACCUGGACUCCAAAGGAUAUGGAAUUGCUACACCGAAAGGCUCACAGUUAAGAACCCCGGUAAACCUUGCAGUUUUGAAACUGAGCGAAGCAGGCGUCUUAGACAAACUGAAAAACAAAUGGUGGUAUGACAAGGGAGAGUGUGGACCCAAGGACUCUGGAAGUAAGGACAAGUCAUCCCAGGCUCUGAGCCUGUCUAACGUGGCCGGGGUCUUCUACAUCCUUGUGGGCGGCCUGGGCCUGGCCAUGCUGGUGGCCCUGGUCGAGUUCUGCUACAAGUCACGGGCCGAAGCCAAGCGCAUGAAGGUGGACCUUAGCCCCCCCCACUGCCCCAGCCCCUCCCCCAGCACCCAGAAUCUAGCCACUUAUAGGGAGGGGUACAACGUGUACGGCUCCGAGGGGGUCAAGAUAUAG